ACCAAAAUAAACAACCCCGAUACCUUAAGGACUACAUUGAUCAUUCCCUCAUCUUUGCACAGUUGUGUAAGGGUUUUGUUCCGGAAAAGCUUAAUCCACAGUUUUGCUCAACAAUGGCGUGGAGGCAAUUUCUAUUUUCCAACAGAAGAAUACUUUCAAACUCAUUGCCAUCUGGGCUUGCUAGCUUUUCCUCCAAAUCCAAUCCUUACAUAGUGAAGGUUGGGAUACCAGAGUUCUUGAAUGGAGUAGGGAAAGGGGUAGAGACGCAUGUAGAGAAACUUGAAUCAGAGAUUGGAGAUUUCUCGAAGCUUCUAGUUACUCGUACUCUUAAACUCAAGAAACUUGGCAUCCCUUGUAAACAUAGGAAGCUGAUACUGAAGUACACCCACAAAUACAGGCUGGGACUUUGGAGGCCUAGAGCUGAGCCUGUGAAAGCUUAAUUAACUCAUCUUGCUGGUGGUCCUUUUCUUGAAGAAACACUUUCUGCCUUGAUGCUGAUGCAUUGUACUUCCUUGGAUAUGGAAAUUUCUAAGGGGCAGUUAUUUGACUUUGAUUAAGCUUUUUUUUAGGAACUGUGUUUUAUCAGUAAAGGACGAUUAAGGAUUUGCAUUGUAAAGCAUACAUCAAUAACGAAUGCCUUCUUUAUUUUCCUUUUA